AUGAAGUUCGGAAAAGAAUUUGCGGCACAGAUGGGGCAGGAAUGGCGUGACGUGUAUAUGGACUACAACAGUCCGAAAACAGUGUUGAAAGAUAUCGUGCGGAUCAGGCAAAGAAGCAUAUCAACGCCAGUGGCCGCAUCGACCUCAAAAAUUUCUUUGAAAAGAAAGGUUUCCCUCUAUAGAGCUUUUAGCGGGCUAACAAGCCGGCACAGAAGCUCUCCGAGAAAGAAUGAGGAUGAAGUAAUUCUUGUUCAUGCAGUGGAGAAACAGGAGGGCGCAGAUGGGCACUACCAAACCAUGUUCCUCAUGUCUUCCGACACCGGCGGAGAGUGCGAGCUUGUUUUCUUCAGGAGGCUUGAUGAUGAGUUCAAUAAGGUCGUUAACUUCUACAAAAUGAAGGUGCAGGAAGUUAUGGAGGAGGCAAAUGAAUUGACUAAGCAGAUGGAUGCUUUGAUUGCUCUUCGCAUAAAUGUGGAUAAACCGAUGGUAGAAUUUCAUGGAGCUGAUUUGGAAAAUCUUGGAAGCAAUGAAAGAAAACCUGGACGGCAUCAUAUGGACGUGAUUCAAGAAGUUGAGAUGAGCGCUGAAGGAAAUUUGGAAGAGCAAAACCAAAACGAGAUUGUCAAGAAUUCUAGAGACAAUUAUAGGAAGGGCAAGGGACAAAAGGUUUCCAUCCAAGGAUCGAGGCCAACAUCAUUAGAAAUAUUGGAUCGUGUACAGAUCAAUGUCACCCCCGAAACUCCAGUAUCUACUUUAAAAGGCAUUCUCAUGAUCAGUACGAAUUCCGCCACGUCCUUCGGCAAGAAAGAGCUGAGAAAAGCAGAGGAACGAAUGACAAAGGCUUUUACUGAAUUCUAUCCGAAGCUACAAAUUCUGAAGAGCUACAGCUUUUUGAAUCUAUUGGCAUUUUCAAACAUCAUGAAGAAGUAUGACAAGAUCACUUCAAGAAAUGCAUCAAAGACUUAUAUGGCGAUGGUGGACAAAUCUUAUCUCGGUAGCUCGGAUGAGAUUACUAGGCUCAUGGAAAGGGUAGAGGCUACCUUCAUUAAGCAUUUUGCAAAUGGAAAUCAUGGAUAAGGAAUGAAGAUUUUAAGGCCAAAAGCCAGAAGGGAGAGACAUCGGAUUACGUUUUCCUUGGGUGAGAUGUUCUAGCAGAAGCAAAUAUUCUGCACACUUUUCAGUGUUUAAAAGAAGAUGCUUGUUUAAUGUUUUUUAUUUUAUUUUUUGAUUGAUUAUAAAUCAAGUGUCUCGUUUUAUCGGGGUAGUUAAUUACUUAAUAACUUAUCUGCUCCCUUCUACUUUUCAGUAUGUGAGGCAAAGUUCCUAAGCUGUUCAAUGGCCUCGGAACAUUGUUUUCCAAACUAAUUUUCAAAUGAAUUAGUAAGGAUUAGCCAUCAUCUAUGCUCAUCAUACAUCAAUCUACUUACUCAACUUAAUUGUCCUAAAUCUUCAAGUUUCUUCUCUGGCUGCUCGCUUGCACUUGUAGUAGCCACCGUUGUAUACGUGCAAGAGAUCUUCUGAAAAGCGAGGGGCGUACUCAGUAUAUGGAUAACAUGUUUCCUCUUUACUGGUAACAGUAGUUCGAGGUGUUGGGACAAACCAUUUAAUACCUAUCUCCUAAAAACUUAGUGCAUGCUCAUAUUAUAAACUGCAAUAAUGUUUG